AUGGAGCUCUUACGCUGCGCUGCGCGAUCGAAGCUUUCAAGCAGGUACUGGGCAAGGCAAUUACUGCCAAGUCCCCCGCGACAUGUGCGAUUGUAUGCCCAGGAGCCCGCCGCUUCGGGUAUUGUGCUACGCGACUACCAAGAGGAGAGCAUCCAAUCUGUCUUGAAAUACUUGGGAGAAGGACAUCGGCGAUUGGGAAUUUCCCUUGCUACAGGAGCUGGAAAGACGGUCAUCUUCACCCAGCUUAUCAGCCGAAUUCCCCCUCAAAAUGCGAAAGCCACGAAGACCAUGAUUAUUGUCCACCGACGCGAACUUGUUGAACAAGCUGCAAAGCAUUGUCGCCUCGCAUAUCCCGACAAGACCGUGGAAGUCGAGUCGGGCAAUAGGGUCGCGACUGGAGCAGGAGACAUCAUCAUCGCGACAGUUCAAACGCUAUCGCGAGGGCGUGUAUUCAAGUUCGAUCCGAGUGCCUUUAAGCUGGUUCUAGUCGACGAGGCACAUCACAUUGUCGCUCGAUCCUACCGCACAGCUUUGGGCCAUUUUGGAUUAAACGAGGUAUCUGCAAGCAGUCCGGUUCUGGUCGGCGUUUCGGCCACUUUUUCUCGAUUCGAUGGACUCAAGUUGGGUGCCGCUAUUGACCACAUUGUCUACCACAAAGACUAUGUGGACAUGAUUGCCGAUAAGUGGCUGGCCAAUGCCGUGUUCACAACUGUGAAAAGUGGCGCCGAUUUAUCCACAGUCAAAAAGGACACUCUUGGGGAUUAUGCCCUAAGCUCACUAUCAAAGGCAGUUAACACUGCAACUACAAACGAUAUAACUAUACGAGCGUGGAUGGCCAAUGCCGAGGACCGCAAAUCUACUCUUGUCUUCUGUGUCGAUAUCGAGCACGCGCAGCAGCUAACAGCAGCGUUUCGUGACCAGGGCGUAGAUGCCAGAUAUAUUACAUCGAACACCCGAUUGGCACACCGCGCCAAAGAGCUAGAGGCUUUCAGAAAUCAGGAGUUUCCGGUCCUCAUCAACUGCGGUCUGUUCACAGAAGGCACGGACAUUCCAAACAUCGACUGUGUGCUGCUGGCCCGACCCACCAGAUCUCGAAAUCUCCUCAUUCAAAUGAUUGGGCGCGGACUGCGACUCUUUGAUGGGAAGAAGGAUUGCCAUAUCAUUGAUAUGGUGGCGUCUCUGGAUACAGGCGUUGUAUCCACUCCAACUUUGUUCGGCCUGGACCCAGACGAAGUACUGGACAAGGUCAGCGAAUCCGAAGCCAAGAUGACCAGCGGAAAGCCUGAAAGCAGUCCAGGUCUCGAUGAAGAGCCCCUCAGCGGUCCAGAUAAUGACCUGAAACUCCAAUUCACGACGUACGACAGUAUCUACGAUCUCUUAGGAGACAUACAGUCGGAGAGACACAUCCGUUCCAUCAGCCCGCACACUUGGGUCCGGGUUGGCGAAGACAGAUACAUACUCACCGAAGCCUCGGGAUGGCUCACCAUCGAGAAAGAAGGCGACAUGUUCACGUCACAUCAUGUCAUGAAGUGGAAAACCCCAGGGAGUGAAAGUUUCCAAUACACACGCCCUCGGGAAAUUGCAACGGGGCCUAAUCUGGAAACCAUCGCACGGGCAGCAGACACUUUUGCCAGUAGCAAAUUUGACGAGCAUUUUAUCGGAGUGCGGAAACCUUGGCGAAAGGCCCCGGCAACACCGGGGCAAAUGAAGAUUUUGAAUGGAGCCCGCAUUCGCGACAGGCAGAUCAAGCCGGAAGAGCUGACCCGUGGCCAGGCGGCGGAUAUGAUCACCAAGCUCAAACAUGGGGGGAAGAAACGCUUUAAGGACUUAGAGGUUCAUAAACGGGCCAAGAUUCGGCAGGAGAAGCUGCAGAGCCGAGAAAGUAUCAAGGUCGGACCAGUUGAGGCUUGA